GCGACGGGUUUUCGCUGCGGAAACAACAGCCAUGGCGGAUGUUAUGAAUGUUGGUGUGAAUUUAGAAGCUUUUUCUCAAGCGAUUAACGCCAUCCAGGCGCUCAGGUCGAGUGUAACUAGAGUGUUUGACUCACUGAAAGAUGGAAUGAAGAAUAAGGAAACGCUUGAAGGACGAGAAAAAGUGUUUAUUACGGAUUUUCAGGACAACUUGCAGGCGGUGAAUCGUGACUUGACUGAGUUGGAGCGUCUGAGCAAUCUGGUCGGCCGGCCGUCAGAGAGUCACCCGUUACACAACAGCGGCCUACUGAGCUUAGACCCGGUGCAAGACAAAACCCCUCUGUACAGCCAGCUUCUACAGGCUUACAAAUGGUCCAACAAGUUACAGUAUCAUGCAGGCUUGGCGUCCAGCCUCUUAAACCAGCAGUCACUCAAGCGCUCGGCCAAUCAGAUAGGAGCAUCGGCGAAGAGGAGGCCGAAGGUCCAGCCCAGCACCCUCGUACUGCCCAUUCAAUACGUGGAUGAUGUGAUCUCUAGGAUUGGCCGCAUGUUUCCAGACAUGUCCAUUGAGCUCUUCCGGCCCAACGGGACAUCAGCUGUGCUUCUGGUGACCCUGGGAAAAGUGCUUAAAGCCAUCGUGGUGAUGAGGAGCCUGUUCAUCGACCGCACCAUCGUCAGAGGAUACCAUGAGAAUGUGUAUUCCGAGGAUGGCAAGCUGGACAUCUGGUCAAAGUCCAACUACCAAGUAUUUCAAAAGGUGACGGACCACGCCACCACAGCCCUGCUGCACUACCAGCUGCCCCAGAUGCCCGAUGUGGUGGUGCGCUCCUUCAUGGACUGGACCACAUGCAGCAAUACAAAUAAGAAUGGCACAAAGCUGGCCAGUUGGGUGGAUGGCAUUUGGGGACUGACCUGGGGAGAUCAUGGAAGGCCCAGCUGGUAAGCCAGAAGUGGAUGUGUGGCCCCCUGCAGCUGGUUUCGCCAUUCCUCUAGGCAGGUUGAUGACCAACAAUUCCUGGUAUCGCACACCAUGGGUUCUUUUGUGUAGACUACUAAGCUGAGUGAGCACUUGUCUUACAUGCCAUAUAUGUUCAUAAAGAGAACAUGAAAUAAGCAGUACGUUAUCUAGAUACACAAAGAACAUCUCUCCGAGUAUGAUUUCUGAAAGUUUGAAACACAGCUGAAACGAUAGCUACCCCACUCUUGGGGGUUCUCUGUUCUGUAUUUCUCCCAUUAGCUGGAGAACUCUCUCACACUUGAGUGUAACAAAGGCCUUCCAGUUAUUUGUAAUACCUGGCUCUUGAGAUGGUUUUUGUUUUUAUGAAUGUGAUGCCAAUAAUUGUAUGUGGCGAGUAGUACACAACGGUCUGACUGGAGCAGUUAUGACAGGACAAAACUGAUUACUGCCAUCUCCCGUCACUUUGGUGGAAAUCUCUUCUGUUCCUGUAUCUGUUUUUCCAACUGUAUGUAGUGAAAAGGAAAAAAAGUCAUGUGUCUGAGUCAGGAAUGUGGGCACUUGUGUAGUCUUCAAGUAUACGUCAGCUGUUCUGAGGAGGUUUCAGCAUCUUUUCAACAGAGACCAUGACUAAGCACAGUUUAGGACUAAUUUGUUUCUCAGUCUCACACCUCUCAGUUCUUCUCUUGGCUCAUGACAGUUGUGAUAAAUACCACUUGAGCUGAAUGAGCUAGAGCUGGGAGAAGAAAAAUGUGUAGUACAUGGGAGAAGGUGCAGAAUUCAGGCUGCAAACAUCUGGAUGAUCCUGUGGGUAUCUGUAGAACUACAUCUCCUAAUCCUAUCAUUUGACACAGUCUACUUAAUGUAAACUAUAAGUUUGAUUUAACUGGUCAUUAUUUGCGUAGACCUAAUAACAAAUACAUAUACGGUACUGUAAGGGAUGGUAGGAAAUCUCAUUGUGCAGUGAGGCCAGGUUUGAGGUCUUGAAUUAGUCAGUGGGUUUUGAGAGGGGGUAGUAUACAGACCUGAGUUGGGACAUUGAGGUGAACCGGUUUCAGAUCAUUGGAGUGUACAUGUUUGUGCCCAUGCCUGCUGUGAGGAAUCUUGGCCCCAUACCAUGGUCAUGCUGCUUAUGCCAAUGCAAUUAGGCCAGUCAGUCAGAUGUAAGCUGCUUCUGAGCAAAUCAGGAAUUUUUCAUUCUGGACUUAUUUUCAGGCCCUAGGUGUCCUACGAGAUACUUGGGAAAUGGCUCUAAUUGUGAACUCUCGCAUAUUGAGCUGCCCUAUAAUUAGUUUGUCAUUUAUAAUAAGCAAGUGACAUUUUCUCCAAAGUGGCAUGUUAGUGUUUGCCCUAUCAUUGGAAGAUCGCAAACGCAAGGUCUAAUCCAUGUAAUGUCACAAGUCAAUACAUGGCCAGGAGUCUGGAAGAGCACAGUUGGUGUCGGUCUGUUGGGUGGGAAGGGUGGCAUUCUUCUCUCGCCUGUCAAUCAGAGCAACAUCAGCUAAUUGUAAGCAUUUGUUGGCUCAUAUGGAGGAGGGCUAUUAGAACUCUCCUUCAAAUGCAUUCAUCUGUCUGAUAUCAAUACAUAAAGAGUAGUUUGAGAAUAUGCAGUGGCUUCAAGUGUCUCACACGUGGGAUAGCAGAGAAGCAAGCCAUGGCUAAGAUUUCAUGGCAACCGAAGACAACAUUGAGAGGGAAAAAAUCGGGUUAAUCUGAAUUCAUCAUCCUGUCUAUGGAAAGCACUUGCUGAGUCACUUGGUCCAGAGCUUGAGAUUGUCCUCAGAUAUUAUAUCUAUUGUUUUUCUUUUCCGAGUCGGUUAU